AUGGAAGAUGUAGAGCAGAUUUCACGGCCCUAUACCAUGGCUGUGCUAGACUGCAUGCUCGGGGAUAUUUAUGAGAACAUCCUUCGGGGGCAAGACGGCACAAGGACGGGCUUUGAUGAAGCGAUGACGCAAAUCACCCGCGUACUUCGACCUGCCCCCCUGGAGAUGAAUUCUGAACCCAACGAUAGCACGCAUACCUUCAGUCUCGAGGAGACUCCCGAGAUUGUAGGGAGAUUCCGGCGCCUCAUCCUUAGUUUCGAGGACCUUGACAGGCUGGCCCACCAGCCCGUACAUGAUACGCUGGCUCUCAGUGAGCGGCAGGUCGAGACCUGCGUAGAGGCUGGUCGCGUCAAGGUGCUCAUGGGCUGCGUCUUUGACGCCAUUGUCUCGUAUACCCGCGGGCAACUGCCACCUAGGACAUCUACUCACACCGUGGUAGUGACGGUGGUUCGAUGCGAGGGUCUUCGGCGACACGAAGGCGAGGGCCCGCCUCUUCUGCGAAGACAAGAUGCCACUGUUGGCCAAGGAAGCUUCGAACCACCCAGUUUGUUAAGACAAGAUGUUACCGUUGGUCAAGGCGCUGUAGCGUCUUCUGGGCAUUCGUCCCGGAAUAUACCUCGCCUGCGGAGGAGAGAUGCCACUAUUGGCCAACGCACGGAAGCCUUGACGUAA